UGUCCCUCGGACACAGAGGAUCACCGAUCUACAGAAAGAGCUGAAGAUAUCGGCUCGGUCACAUGAUCAGCUGUGUCCAAUCACAGCUGAUCACUGAUCAUCAGGGCACUGAUGAUCAGUGUGGCCCCAGAAGUGCCACCUGUCAGUGUCCAUCAGUGCCAGCUGUCAGUGCUGAACAGUGCCACGUGCCAGUGCCCAUCAGUGCCACAUCAAUGCCACAUAUCAGUGCCUACCAGUGCACAUCAAUGCCACAUAUCAGUGCCCAUCUGAGCUGCCUUUCAGUGUCACACAUCAGUGCCAGUCAGUGCCACCUAUCAAUGCCAAUCAGUGCCACCUAUCAGUGCUGCCAAUCAGUGCCAGUCAGUGCCGCCUAUCAG